AAAGCAGAAAAAGUCCCUGCCUCAUCUAUCCAUGGGCUAUUUUACUGGAUAGAAAGAGGGAGAAAAGCUCAAAAAGAGAGCCUGGCUUCUUUGAAGGUAGGAAGCGAAUGCAGAUCUUGCUAAGCUUGGAUGAGGACAAACAUUGAGAGAUGAAGGAGAGGAUGGAGAGCGAAAGGUUUAAAAGCCCCACCUCAUCGGAAGAGGAACUCAAAGGAUUCAGUGCAUCUGUCUCAACAUUAUUAGGGAUCAAGAAACUGCCCAUCGAUGCUGCAGAAUGGGAAAGCUAUUUCGACGAGAGUGGACAGAUUCUCAAAUCACGAAACUACAUGGCCUCCCAAAUUUUGGAGAGGGGAUUGGAUCUUUCUGUCAGAUCAGAAGCUUGGAAGUUCCUCACAGGUUACUAUCCUUGGAAAAGUUCCUAUGAUGAGAGGCUCACGACCGACAGCAUGAGGCGGAAAAGCUAUGAGUCCCUGUGCAACAUGUACACCAAGAUUGAGCCACUGCUGGAGACAGAGCAUCGAGACUUCACAGAAGUCCACAAUGUUAUACAGUCUGACGUUCAAAGACUUUACAUCAAAGAUGCUCAGGGCAACCCUCUGGUUGAUAAAAAGCAACUGGAGAAGAUCCUCCUGCUGAAUUAUGUAUGCAACGUGAAUGCCGAAUACCAACAAGGUUUCCACGAAAUGCUGCUUCUCUUCAGGUUGCUUGUUGAAGAGGAGCACGAAAUCUACUGGCUAUUUCAGUUUUUCCUGCAAAAAACUGAGAACAGCUGCAUCAUAAAUGUUGGGGUGCAGAAGAAUCUGCUCAUGCUGAAAGCCUUGGUUGCAUUUAUGGAUCCAAUCUUUGCAAAACACCUGGAGUCAAAAGGCCAAGUGGUGUCCUCAUUGUUUCCUUGGUUCUGCCUCUUUUUCCAGCGUGUCUUCAAAUCUUUCGAGGAUGUCUGGAGACUGUGGGAGGUGUUUCUGACAGGACAUCCCUGUAGAAACUUCCAGGUGAUUGUUGCUUACACAAUGCUGCAGAUGGUGAGGGACCAGAUCCUCAGAGAAGAUCUGGAGGGAGAUGACAUUUUAAUGCUCUGCCACAGCAUUGUAGAUCUUGAUGCAGAUGACUUGAUCACCAAAGCCUGUAACAUAUAUGAACUCUUCCUGAAACAUGAAGACAAGGUUCCAGAGGAUCUCAAGGAAUUUUUCAGCCAGCCUUAGCAAUAAAGAGUCCAUGCUAUAAAUCAAGAGGCUGCUCUAGCCAAAGCAGCAUGUGUGUUACAGAAUAGAUAGAAUUGGGAGAUAGAAACAUCAUAAAUACUGUUCACGUAAGAUUGGAUUCACUGAAUUAGAUUAGCUGAGGUUAAGGCGAUGCCGUCUCUGUCUGUAAACUACCCAUAAA